AUUCGUGUGAUUGUGCGUAAGCGACCGCUCAAUAAAAAGGAGCUGGAGCGGAACGAGGCGGAUGUGCUGGAGUGCGAUGCACAGGCCAGUUGCCUUUACGUAAACGAGCCCAAGGUCAAAGUGGACCUCACCAAGUACACCGAGCGGCAUACAUUUAGGCAAGCUCCAGAAUGCAGAAUGCCUUGCAGGUUUGACGACGUGUUUGAUGAGCAGGUGGACAAUAGCCAGCUCUAUGAGCAGGCGGUGCAGCCAUUAGUGGGCACCAUCUUCAGGGGCGGCAAAGGCACAUGCUUUGCAUAUGGGCAGACGGGCAGUGGCAAGACAUUCACCAUGUCGCCGCUGCCGCUGCGUGCCGCGGCAGACAUUUUCAGCAUCGUGGCGCAGCCCAGCUACAGCGGCCUGGCCCUGCAUGUCAGCUGCUACGAGAUUUAUGGCGGCAAAGUCUUUGACCUGCUGAAUGGGCGCAAAAAACUGGAGGUCCGGGAGGACGGGCGCAGGCGUGUGCAGGUAAGGCACUGUUUUGCCUGCUUCUCGCUGCUUGACUGCCGCCGGAUUUCAGGGGCUGCAGCACGAAGCACAGGCAGCACUGGGGCCAAUGACGAGUCAUCCCGCUCCCACUCCAUCCUGUGCUUUGCUCUGCGCACCACUGGCGAGCCUCAAAAGAUUGUGGGCAAGCUGUCCUUCAUCGACCUGGCUGGCAGCGAGCGUGGUGCAGACACAUACGACAACGACAAACAGACUCGGCUGGAGGGUGCUGAGAUCAAUAAGAGUCUGCUUGCGCUCAAGGAAUGCAUUCGCGCCCUGGAUGCAGAUGCCAGGCACAUCCCCUUUCGUGGCAGCAAGCUAACCGAGGUCUUGAGGGAUAGUUUUGUUGGAAAGAAUGCACGCACCGUGAUGAUUGCCAAUGUGAGCCCAAACAGCGGUAGUUGCGAGCACACCCUGAAUACGCUGCGGUAUGCAGAUCGGGUGAAAGGUAAGGCGAGGCGCCGGAUU